CACGAUCUGCACUUUCUCACCCUAACUACGUCUCCAAAAUUGCAAUGAAGCAAGUUUCCCAGAUCUCACUGCCCACCCUUCUCUGCGGAGAAGAUGAAUCCUGUUUCGACAAUUUCAACAACGAACGUUUCAAUAUCAAUUGCAGUUUCUCCCCCGUCUCCGAAUUUGAUUCUGAAUACAUCCAAAUGUUAAUCCGAAAGGAAACCAUCUUCCAAUCGAAAUAUUCAGCAGAAAUCGAAGGAAUCUGGUGGAAGCGCCGAGAUGCCGUCGAACGGAUUCUCGAUGUCAGUUUUCUUCUGUUAGCGAUGCAUCCUCAACUGACCAAGGAGCCAUUAACGAAUUUAGGCUACAUCUAUAUAUACCCAUGUCAUUUGUAUCUUUCGAUUCAUGGAACGGUUCAUUUCGGAUAUCAUUGCCGCACGGCCUACCUCUCGCUGUUUUACUUGGAUCGAUUCCUUUCCAGAAGAUCAGUAGAUUUGAUAGGAGGAGAAGCCAUGGGUUAUGCAGAGAUAAACGUGACGGAUCAUCGGCCUUCUGUCGUUGCUGCUGCAGCAGUGUUAGCAGCUUGCGAUGAUCAUCAUUUGACGAACGAAACGCUUGAGAUCAAGAUUGAUGCUGUUCCAUCAUGGGGGCCAGUGGAAAAAGUGAGCUUCUCUUUUGCUUUUUGAUGCUGUAGUUUCAUAGAUGGAUUGAAAAUUAUCCUCUAGAAGGAACACAAACUCUUCUGCUACAAUCUGCUGCAAGAACGUGUGAUGUCGAAGUCCGAUGAUGAUUGGAUGAGGAGAUCUAGCAGGAAAAGGAGAGUGACAUUCAUGGAUGGUGAUCAAGAUUGCCCACAGCCUAAGACUCCUAAACAAUGAUUUUCACUACAUCUUGAUUAAGUUAAUGAUGUUAGAAGUUGGAAGUUUUGCAAUCAAGAGAAGUGUAUGAAUGUAAAGUAUGUAUACCUUUGAAAGAUUAGUCCACACAAAUGAUGAGUGGGAGCCUAAGAGAAUAAUGUCCAAAGCUUCUUUGGAUGAUCACUUUUUGUACUAGUGUAUUUGGGUGUGCAUUUUUGUCCUUUGACAAUUGUUGUUUAUUUGGAAAUGGGAUUCUUUCUUGUUGGUGAAGGGUUGAGAUCUU